AUUACAACUUAAACAGCGUGAAUCUUCUAGAAGAAAACAUCUGUUAGUUUGAAAGUAGAAAACUGUAAUAAAUUGAAGAGGCUUGAAAAAUGGAAUCAUAUGGUUGCUCGUACUCUGAUGUUAACGUUGUGAGACGCUCCCACUAUCAUAACAUGUUAAAGCAAAGAACUGUAGUAGUAAAAGACCCUAACGCCAAAGCCAAGAGAGAAACGGCAGCGGUAAACGAUGUGGAUUCUGGCCCAAUGAUUGUCGUAGAAGUACAAGUAAAGAAAGAGAAAACCGACGAUGAGCACCAGAGUGGAAUUGAUGUGUCAAGGCCGAAAAGUUUUUUCUACGAGGCCCAAACUUCUUUGAAAGGCAAUAGUCCACGCCUUCCUAAAGACACCAAUUUUGCUGCUGUCAAAGAAGAAAGAAGAGGCAACCAAAGUUCCUCUAAUGAUACCAAAGACACUAGAGAAGUAGGAGGAACCGAGAAAGAUUUCCAUGAAAUAAAGGAAAGUACCCAAAGAAGGAAGACUGACGUAUCAAGAGACGGUGGCAAAAUCCAUGACGCUACAGAAAUGAGCAGCCCAAAUGAAAGGAAAGAUUCCAAGCAAACAAACAAGAAACGAAAGCUCUAUGAACUACAUACAGAGGAACACUCACUUAGGAAUGAUUUCAGAGAAUUUCAUCCAACAAGUCAUGCCCGUCCCUUGGAGGCCCCAAUAUGGCAUCAGGCCAAAGAAGGAGAAAGAAAAAUGCCUCAAGAUGCCAACAACAUCGCCUAUACUCAGUUCAACAAAACGUACGCAGAUCCCUAUCCCACGUACGAAAGAAUAGGAAUCCAUGAAAUGCCAUCAGAUUACCGCGUUGUUGCUGGAAGUGGCUGUAAGCUAGGGCCAAGACCAAAUAAUGAGCAGGUUCACAGGAAUUCUGCCUACCUACCCUCGAUUGAUCCCCGAAAUCGUAAGUGUUUUAUAACUGAAGAACCGAGCGCACGAUACGUUCCUGACGAACAGGCUUACAGGUCUUUGCAAGAAGAACGUUUGCCCAGGUGGCAUCCUAAGUACGGAGUACUAUUUGCCAACCCGAACAGAUCCGAAUGCUAUUCUAAAAACGAACCAAAGAGCUUCAAACAGAGUGAAGAAGAUGGUGGUUUCCAGUCCAAGGAAAGAUUUGAACAUCAUUAUCCCUACCGACUCCAGGCAGAUUCAAAUUGGCCUUAUUUUAACCGAAUUGCAGGUAAAGAUGAUGUUUAUGAUAAGCAAAGGAUUGCCUUUCUAAGAGUUGAACAUCCAGGCGCGGAAAGAAAUAACCAGACAAAAGCCUUUGAUGCGUUCUCUACAGAGCAACACCCUGGGAAUAGACCAUCAACUGGAGAAUAUGUUAGAUAUUUGCCAGUUCCAAAUAUGCUGAUCCCCACACCAAAGCCUGAAUUUUUGUUCAAUGGCUUGAGCAACGUGCCGUUCGACAUUCGGCGUCCAUUUCCUGUCACAGAUAAUGGAAGCUUAGCAUUUAUCGAAAAAGAGAAAGUUUUUUAUCCAUGCUGUAACGAAGAAAUACCACUCAUUCACUAUAAUAACGUAACAUCGAAUGCAAGGUGGUUGGACACCAGAAAUGAGAGACAGAGGUUUGAUGAAUUUCAGGCUUCAAAAUCUGAAGUUCCAUUUACCAAUCAGACACAAACGAUGAUUCUGGACGAUGCAGGAGCGAGAAUAAUCCAUAUGAAUGACUUGGGAUACAAGCAGAAAAGAAGUCGGGGGCAAAGAGAAAGAUUCAAAGACGUGCCUUUACCAGUCCAUGCCACUGUAAUGGAAGACGAGUUCUCCAAGAAGGACUUCCCCACAGAAGAAACUAUAACAGCAGAGAAUCAUAUCAGGCGUAUCGACAAAGACAGGAGAAAAGACAAGAUCUUUAGUUCUUAUUCAGCUCACAACUCAGAAAGAAAAGCAAACGGCGAUGAAACACCAACAGCUUGGAAAGAUAAAGUCGAUGAAUCAAGAAGCAGUAAGGAAAUUUUGGAAGGCAAGAAAUGUGAUACUACAAAAGAAGAAAGAAACGAAAAAAGUGGAGAAAGUGGAAGCAAGUUGAUAGCUGUGAGCCAAGUGAAAAAGGAGAAAACCAAAGCACUUGAAGAUCCAAAGAACAGUGAAACACAGCCAAAGAUUUCCCUAGAUCAAGCUGCAGAGAAUCAAGAUGAUUCAAAUUCAAAGAAAGCAAUUAUUUGUAGCGUUUGCAAGAAAACAUUUAAUAGAACAUCGAACCUGUACACUCAUAUGAGAACACACUCCGCCAACAAGCCCCAUGCUUGUGAGUUUUGCGGCAAACGAUUUCACCAGAAAGCAGAUUUGAGAAUACAUCGCUACAUCCACACAGGAGAGAAGCCCCACAAAUGCGCUAAAUGCGGGCGAGGGUUCAAGCAGUUAACACAUCUCAAGUACCACAUGAGGACCCACUCAGACGUGAGGAUGUACAAAUGUCAAUAUUGUGACAAGGGCUUUAACCAGAAAAGCAACUUACAAGCACACAUCUUUGGACACACCGGUCAGCGUCCACACAAGUGUGAGACAUGUGGUAAAGGUUUCACUCUUGCUUCAACCUUGAACACCCACAAGAGAAUACACUUGCCGAACAAGCCGUUCAAGUGUGAAUUCUGUGACAGAGCGUUUUAUCAGAAGAAUGCGUUGAAAAUGCACUACGUCUCUACCCACCCUUAUUCAUCUGGGGUCUGUUUAGUUUGAAAACAAUAUAAACAACUAUGUAGUUGGAACUGAGAAACGUUCUAUAAUCACGCUGUAAAUUUUUCUAGUCUCAGUCAUUAUCUUUAAAAAAUGUAUAUAUUUAAAACUAAGGUAGAAAGUAAGAAUAUCCAAUUCCCAGUUUUUAAAAAUAAUUCAUAACAAAAUGAGCCUUUUGAUAUCCCUUUCCCUUUAAGACUAUAGUUUAUGAGCUAGCUUAUGCAACAGCCAAUGAUGUUUGAUAUAUUUGAGAACGUUGACUUGAUCACUUUAAAACCUGUUAACCACUAGAAUAAUUGAAGGAAGACUCAAGAAAGUUCACACAAAAAAUUAAUAACAAAGCAAAUGCUUGUUCAUGAUGUUUUAGCUCUGGAUUCCUAAAUUAACUUGAAGUGAGCCGUUUUGUGUCAUGUGAGAAUCCAAACCAUAUCUGAAAUAUUGAUUCUCUCGCGCACAAAGGAAAUUUUCUACAUAGAUUUUUAUUUAAUUUCAUUGUUGUUUUUUUUGUUGUUGUUGUUGUCGUUGUUGUUGUAGCUGUUGUUUGUUUGUUUCUAAUCAUAAGCACCUUGAUACAGACUUAAACAACUGCAAAAACCUCUUUAAAACUUGGCAAUCCUCACUCUUACGAAACUUACUAAUAAACACUGAUUAARAGUGUUGGUUUUAUAUCGUGUGACUAAGAUAAGUUAGAGACGUCUAAUUAGAACUAAUACAAUGACUAAUAUAAACAUACUUUUACCGAACCAUGCAUUUAGAAAGUCUCACUGACGUGUGAUAUAUUACUCUUUAUAUUCCUAUAUAACUAUACAUUCAUAAG